UGUGUUUGUAGAUAUACUCUUGCCCCACUGUGCACAGUGUAAACUAUAUAUACACACGUAUAGGCUGAUAGCACUAACAUACAAUCUCAUGGCAGAGAGUGUGAAGAAGACAUUCGGAGAACCAUAGGAUUCAGUUGAUCGUGGGUAGUGCGGUGAUCAACUUGGCUCAGUGAAUAUACGUGCGCGCAUCGAUACACUUGACGUGAUUGUCAUAUCGAUAUAUCCCGAGCAGCUAAUUCUCGAUAACAGUUUCUUCAUUAAUUAUUUAAUCAUGCGCGAGAGUACAACAAAAUCGAUGAGCUGCGAAAAUCGUCUGGGUGUGUCUUAAACAAUCGGAAGGAAGAACGAUGAAACGAACGGAUCUUCUCGAAGAUGUCAUAAUCUCCAGGCGAAGAUAAUUUCUGCAAUAAUAAUCCGGCGUAACAAUCAUGUUCUAUCCGCGAAGAACGAUGCGGCAAAUUUCGGAAAUUUCCUACGUGGGAGGUUUCAAGUUGAUAAGAAUGUCUAAUCGAGAGGGCGAGACUGCAGUGACCAUCCCGCUGCAGUAUAAUGAAGCUCAUUGGAAGGCUAUUUUUGAAAAGUAUGAUCUGGACGGAGAUGGGAAAAUAUCGUUACAAGAGCUAAAAGCGAUGAUAUGUGGUCCAGAAUUUUGCAAUGAUAUUCCUGCUGGAGUAAUUCGCACAAUAAUGCGAAAGGCGGAUCUGGAUCAAUCUGGUUAUUUAGAAUAUCCAGAAUUUAUAGCAAUGAUUCACAGAAAGGACAUGCAGGGUAUAUUCGGACACCUCGUGCAACGAUACGUGCAAUCUGUGAUACCUCAACGACCAAGCCGCACAAUGAGGCAAACUUCCAUGGGCUCGAGGUAUUAUCCUCAGCGACAAAUGAGUAUUGUAGUACAGCCACAAAUGAGUAUACACUCACAACCACCUCCUCCUUCUCCUUCGAGCUUCGGCGAUUCUUUUUUCGAGGCUGCCAGUCUUAAGACUAAUAAAAGACGCCGCUCUACACGUAUUACCGAACUACAGCGUCUACAACAACAAACAAGUACAAUAACGGAAUCUUCUCUGUACUCUAGCGACUAUCCGGAUGGGCUGUACGAAGAUGAGUACAGCUGUCGACCGCCAGCCAUAGCAAUGAUAAUCAUAUCGAUAAUAGAAAUCAUUUUGUUCAUGUAUGAUGUGAUUAAGCACAAAUCUCUGUCUGUAGAAGGCCCGGCAGCAACGUUAUUUAUUUAUAAUCCACACAAGAGGUACCAAGCCUGGCGAUAUUUAACGUAUAUGUUUGUACACGUUGGAAUCUUUCAUUUGGUUGUUAAUCUACUGGUACAAAUUAUGUUGGGCAUUCCGCUGGAAAUGGUUCAUAAAUGGUGGAGAGUACUGAUAAUAUAUAUAGCCGGAGUCGUAGCUGGCUCGCUUGGUACAUCCGUCUCGGAUCCGACGGUUUACUUAGCUGGUGCAUCGGGCGGCGUAUACGCGUUGAUUACCGCUCACGUGGCGACUAUCAUAAUGAAUUGGUCGCAAAUGGAAUUCGCCGUCCUGCAACUAUUAGUGUUCCUUGUUGUCACGAGCGUCGACGUCGGUCAAGCUGUGUACAAUCGAUAUGUCCUCGACACCAAUGACCAAGUCGGAUACGUGGCCCAUUUAGCCGGCGCUGUAGCGGGGCUUCUAGUCGGCAUAAAUAUCCUUCGAAAUCUCGAAGUACAAACUUGGGAGAAAGUUGUUUGGUGGGCCAGCAUGUUCACUUUUAUAGGUCUCAUGACCGCAGCCAUUCUGUGGAACGUAUUGUACACCUCGUAUUACGAAUGAUGGUAUUUUUUUAUCGCGUUCGAGUCAUUUGUGUUCGACGCAUAUAUUCAUAGGAUGAUUGAAUUUAUUAUUACUAAGAGAGUAGAAGAAGACGAAACCUGCCUUGCCUAUUGUAUAUAUCACACAAAUUCAUUA